AUGAAUAUAACAACUAGUACGUUAGAGUUGUUUGGUUUACAUGAAGCAAGUCGAGUGAUCAAUUUCAAUUAUCUACUGCAGACUAUCAUGUGUUCAAUGAUAUUCUUUGCAACCGAUAACUACUCUAGAAAAAUAGCAAAACUCUUUGGUGUCUCCAAACAAUAUGACCAACUUGGUGAAAAAGCGAAAAUAGAAUGGAAUCAAAGAACUGUUUCAAUGUUACACGCAAUCAUCGUUUUACCAUUGACCUUUAAAAUUAUAUAUGAUUAUCAUGGUCAAGAUUUAAUUUACUAUUAUAAUGAUUUAAUUUAUUAUACAUUACUUAUCUCUGGUGGCUAUUUCAUUUGGGAUAUGAAAGUUAGUUUCACAAGACCAGAUAUUGUUGGUAUUCCAAUGUGUAUUCAUGCAUUGGUAGGAUUUUUCGGUACUCAAUAUGUUAAUACUCUUCAUGCACCAAAUGUAUUUGCAGCAUUCACAGCAUCAUUAUUAUUUUAUGAAAUCAGUACUAUACCUUUGAAUUUGAAGGGAUUCAUUCAGGUUGUCAAUCCAAAGUCACCAUACUACGAGAGAUGUUUGUUGGUUUUCGCUGUUUCUUUCUUGUUUUCACGUUGUGUCUGGGGUGUCUAUGUAACAUUGGAGUUCCUUUAUAAUCUUUACUUCCACUACACAGAGUUACCAGUCGAUAAGAUCGUAGUACUAGUUGGUUCAGCAAUACUCUCGAUGUGUCUAAAUCUAAACUGGGGAUAUCUACUCAUUAGAAAGAUGAAACAAAAAGUUACAACAAGCAAAAGAGUUAACAUCAUCGCUGCAGAAUCACCAAAAUUAGUUAAAACAAACUAA